AUGAGUAGCUUUAGACAAACAAAGAAUGAUCAUCAUUCGUUAUCCAAUUCACCUUUUCAUGCUUCACCUCCAACUUCCGUCACAUCAAAUUCUUCAAACUUUUUGAAUCCAAAUCAAAGACAACAUAGUAGUACUUUUUUGAAUAGGUAUGAAAAUUCAAGUUAUCUGGAACAAAUCCAAAAUGUUUCCUCCUCGAAAGGUGAGUUUGAUUAUAAAACAAUUAACAAACAUUUGGUUCCUAGUGAAGAUAUGUUAAAAUCCCAAGGUGGAGAUAUUGCAAGACAAUUAUAUCAUCAACUUGAGGAAGAAAAUAACAAUAAUAGCACCAUAAAUAGUAAUAUUGUCAAUAAUACCAUCUCAACAAAUGUAAAAUUUGAAUCACUGAGCCCAUUGGCGCAACCUAAAAGAAGAACAAGAAGUUCUUCAUUUUCAACUUAUCUUACUGAAACAAGAAGAGAAUCAACAGCAUCAGAUAUAAAUGUUCCAGGAGGAUUUAGGCGAGAAUUUUUAAUUAAUAAAUCUUUAAAAAAUAAUGAAGAACCUCCUAAUUUCUUAACUCGAAAUUUCAUUGAAUUUUUAAGUAUUUAUGGUCAUUUCGCUGGUGAAGAUUUCAGUGAUGAUGAUGACAACAUAUCUCCAAAUGAUGCUCAAAGCUUUGAAGAUGUAUUUGAUGAAGAAGCUUCGUUGUUAACCAGAUCCAAUAAUGCUCCUAAGGGAACUGCUAGUGUACCGAAAGCAUUUUUCCUUGUAUUUAAGUCAUUGGUAGGUUCAGGAGUCUUGUUUUUACCAAGAGCUUUCUUUAAUGGUGGGUUAUCAUUUUCAAUUUUUGCAUUGACAGGAUUUGGUAUCUUAACCUAUUUCUGUUAUAUUGUUUUACUUGAAUCAAGAAAAGUUCUUAAUUUGACAUCAUUUGGUGAAUUGGGUUAUAAAACAUAUGGUACUCCUCUUAAGAUAAGUAUCAUGGUUUCCAUUAUUUUAAGUCAAAUUGGUUUUGUAGGAGGUUAUAUUUUAUUUACAGCUGAAAAUAUGUUAUCCUUCAUUGAUACUAUCUAUCCUGGAGAUACUCCUUCAUUUAUAACUACAGGUAACAUUGUCGUUGUACAAUGUGUUUUGUUGAUACCUUUAGUAUUAAUCAGAAACUUGACUAAAUUAUCGUUAAUUUCUUUAGUAUCAUCAUUAUUCAUUAUUAUUGGUUUAGUCAUAAUCUUUUGGUUCGCGGGUUUAAAUUUGGUAGCUAAUGGUCUUGGUCCAAACAUUACUCAUUUCAAUCCAAAGAGUUGGUCAAUGUUAAUUGGAGUGGCUGUAACUUCAUUUGAAGGUAUAGGAUUAAUCUUACCAAUCGAACAAUCAAUGGCUCAACCAGAAAAAUUCCCAAUGGUUUUAUCGAUUUCAAUGUUUUUCAUAACUGCUUUGUUUGUAGGAAUAGGUACUAUUGGUUAUUCCUCUUAUGGUGAUCAAGUUAAAUCAAUUAUUAUAUUGAAUUUACCGCAAGGAAACUUGGCUGUACAAUCGAUCUUAAUUUUGUACUCAUUGGCAGUAUUUUUAACAGCUCCAUUACAAUUGUUUCCAGCCAUUAAGAUUGGAGAAUCUCUCAUCUUCUCAGGGAAUAAAAGAUCAAAAGCUGAUUCAGGAAAAUUAUAUCAUAACUCAGGUAAAUACAAUCCUCAAGUUAAAUGGCUUAAAAAUUUAUUCAGAGCUGUAUCAACAACUGCUAUUUGUACUAUCGCUUAUCUCAAUGCGGCAAACAUCGAUAAGUUCGUUUCAUUCAAUGGUUGUUUUGCUUGUAUCCCCUUAGUAUACAUCUAUCCACCAUUGAUUCAUUUAAAGACGUUAACUAUUAAAAACCAGUUAACCACUCUAGAAAAAUUCUUUAGAGUUAGUGAUUACAUCUUAAUAGUAGUUGGAAUUGUUGCUGUCAUUUAUACUACCUAUCAAAUUGUUUUCCUUAACUAG